AUGGUUUUGUGUUUUUUUUUCUCCAUGAAAAAUUGCAGGGCUGCCUGCUCCCUGUUGGAAGUUCACCUUGCCCUUGGGAUGGGCAUGGUCCCCACCCUCCUGCCAGUGGCUGCUUGUCAGAUCUCUGCUGUCCCAAGGCACCCUCUGGGAAUGCAGCAAAGCCUCCUCCAGUGCCAGCAGUGUGAACAACCUAUGCCAGUACAGGCCAGCUGUCCUCUGGCCAGGCUGAACAUCUAUACAGGGCCCCAGAGAGGCACUCCCAGGCAGGGAAAAUUUGAAAUUUUCAACCUGGGUAUGAAGACUGGGGACACCGUGAAGGUCAAGGGCAAGAUAUCUGAGGAUGCUGACAACUUCAGCAUCAAUCUUGGCUCCAGCUUCUCAGAUCUGGCAUUUCACUUCAGUCCCCGCUUCAAUGAAUCUGUCAUCGUCUGCAACUCCAGGUGCAACAGUGUCUGGCAGGAAGAGCAUCGUGAUAACCACUUCCAUUUUUCCAAGGGCUCCACUGUGAAGAUCAUUAUUGAGAUGCUGGCAGACAAAUUCCUAGUGAAACUACCGGAUGGGCAUGAAGUGGAGUUCCCCAACAGGCACUCCUCCAAUAACGUCAGCUACCUGAGUGUCGAGGGAGGCUUCAGGGUCACCUCCUUCAAGCUGGACUGAUGGGUGCCACUCCCUAGCUCUAAUAAAAACACAAGCAGUGGUUUCUCCAGCUGCUUUGGCUUUUCUGACA